UCUUUUUCAGCCUAGCCUCUUUAUCUGCCAUGAAGUAAGGUUGUAUGAAUGACGUUGUGUACCAAUACCGAAGGAUUGCUUUCUUUUAAUGCUGCUUAGCCGCGAAGAGAAGAUUACAUCCAGGUGUACUUAUUAAUUGACAAGUGUUGGUUUAAACAGAGCAUAACUAUAGUUUAGUACCCCAACCUCUCAUUUGUUUUUCUAUGAUUUUCUUAAUAAUGGUUUUAGUGAAAUUUUGCCGAUACUGAAUAUUUUCGAUCUGUAUUUAUGAUAGGCUAAAAGUAAGCUUCAACGUUUUUCAACAUGCUUUCCAGUUUCAUAUAAAUAACAAAUAAUAGAAGUCACGAUUAUGUCAUAUAGACUUUAUUUUUGACGUUGCGCAACAUUUAAGAGCAAUUGUUGAACGGUUGAAAAGACAUACACAUCGUUUCUUUCUGAAUAUUUUUAAUGAAUCUUUAUCACCAUCGUAAUUGCAGUCGCAACCUUCUUAAUCGUAUUGCUGCAAAACGGGAAUUCCCAAAUAUAUAUUAUGGCGAUCUUCCAUAUUAUUUAUAUUAUUAAAGGAAUUAUAACAUAUAUUCAUUGGAGGAGGAGGCGCGUGGCUUAGUGGUUAGGAUGUUGGACUUGUGAUCGUAAGACUGUGGUUCUGAUUCCUGGACCGGGCGAUGUGUUGUGUUCUUGAGCAAGACACUUCAUUUCACGUUGCUCCAGUCCACUCAGCUGGCAAAAACGAGUAAUCUGGCGACGGACAGGAGUCCCGUCCAGGUGGGGAAUAUACACGCCAUUUGAAACCGGCCCUCAUGCACCUGGCAUAAUUCAAGAAGGAAACAUUUUAUAUUCGUUGGGACCCUAAAGUGUAGAUAUGCUCCUCUAAAACUCUUAUUAGGGGCUCCAGUGUGGCUGAAGCACUCUCUGGGCAAAUGUGGAUUGAAAAGGUCGAUUGAUACUGAACAUUACUUCCGCUUUCUAAACACAUGGCGCUUCACUCACAGCAAACAUUAUAAGAAUAUAAGAAUAUAUUUUAUAUACUCACACAUCUGUGUGUAUAUAUAUAUAUAUAUAUGUGUGUAUAUAUAUAUAUAUAUAUAUAUAUGUGUGUGUGUUCUAGGUAACGUUUAUAAUACCUCUGCUUGACAACCUAUAUUGACGUAAUUUAAAGAAACUCGUAACAUUUAACGCAUAAAAUUUUCUUUGUUCUGUUGGAUGAAGAACUCUUGAAAAUGUCUUUGAACAAAUUCAUGCAUCCCCGGAAUCUAUACAAAAAACGCAAACCUAACUUCAAAGAAUUAGCCUUGAAAUAUCCAGAAUUUCGAAGCUAUUUGGAACAGAAUCUUUCUGGUAAACUAGUUCUUGAUUUCAAGAAUCCUGCAGCUCUUCGCUUGCUCAGUACCAUUCUUUUGAAGGAAGAUUUGGGGCUGGAAGUCGACAUCCCUACCAAUCGUUUGGUGCCAACCAUUCCACUUCGGCUGAACUACAUUCACUGGAUUGAAGAUCUGAUUGUCUCUCAUCAAUCCUCUCUUCCCGUCCAAGGUAUUGAUAUUGGUACCGGAUCUUGUUGUAUCUACCCUUUACUGGGCCAUAAGCUCAAUGGCUGGAAGUUCUUAGCCACAGAACUGGAUGAAGAAAGUGCAGCCAAAGCAAUAGAAAAUGUAGAAAAGAACAACUUUCAAGACUCCAUAACGAUUAAGAAAGUCAGCAAACUGGAGAGUUUGAGAUCAGUGGUGGAAGAAACUAAUGAGACAUAUGAUUUCUGCAUGUGUAACCCACCAUUCUACAGCAACGAAGAAGAGCCAGUGGUUGCUUCACCUUUCAACAAACGAGCAGCACCACAUGCAGCUGCGACGGCCAGCAGUGUGGAGAGUGUUACGUGGGGUGGGGAAUAUCAGUUUGUGAAUCAGUUGAUCCAGGACAGCCUAGUGCUGCGCAACAGAGUCAGGAUUUAUACCAGUAUGGUUGGCAAAAAGCAGAACUUGUUGGCCCUGAAGUACGAGUUAAGGAGUUUGAAGGUUCCGGUCUUCUCAAGCACAGAAUUCUGUCAGGGCAAAACAAUGAGGUGGGGCCUGGGCUGGAGCUUUGACGAGAGCGUCUCUUUUACCAAAUCUUAUUUCAAAGCUGAAAAGAAAAAAGAGAAAAUGCCCCUGGCACUUUGUAUUCCAACUGAAAUUGCCAUUGACUUUCUCACCUUAUGCAUUCACAUCAAAGAACUUUUGCAGGAACUGAAGAUAAACUAUGUUGAGACAAAAAGCAACAAAUGGAUUUUAAUCAUGAGCCUUUUUGCAACAGAGAACACUUGGUCUCAUCAAAGACGGCAGCGCCGACAAAGACUGCGAGAAGAACAAAGGAAACUUUCACUUGCCAAAGACUGUGAAAAGGCAACCCCUUCUUUCAACCCUACCUGUACUUCCUCUUCUUCUUCAUCUUCUACCUCUGUCAACUCCGACAGUAAAGUUUGCCAGCCAGGCUUGUCAACUGAAUCAGUUGAUGGCAGUGGAUGUUGUAUAAGUGACUCUUGUGGCACUGGUAAAAAACCUGUGUCCAAAGAGUCUGAAGAUGCUGCAGUUGAAUCCAUUGUUGAAGAGGAAGCUUCUUCUUCUUCAUCAAUUGAAACAGUGACAGCAACAUCUUCUGCUAAAAGGAAGAGAGAGUUGGAAAGUUAUAAAGAGGAUGAAGAUGGGGAGACGACUGCAGCAUCCAGUAACAAAAGGGGUAGAAGAGGAGAGUUGGGGGUGAGUGGGGGUCAAGAGACUGAGUGUCAGGUUGAUUGUACAAGUGAAGGGGGUAGAGAGAAAGAGGAGUGCAAUGAAAAUAGAGAUGUGCAACCGAAAAGGGACAGGUGCAGCAAUGCAGCAGAUGUUGCUCGUUGCAGUUUGUCAAAGGAAAGUGAAGCUAAGAAAGAUUAUCUCUUUCAGUGCACCAUGUUUGUGAAGAGGAAACUCACCUACAUGCAGCUGGAGCUUGCAUUGGUUGAAGGGGACAACAGGGAAAUGCUUCAUCAGUUAUUACAGUUUUUUAGAAAUAAACUGUUGCCAUGACAACGACAA